UGGCCACAAAGGAUGGGGCUGGGCCAGGUUGAAGCCAGGAGCCGGGAACUCCAUCCAGGUCUUCCAUAUGGGUGCAUGGGCCACCAGGUAUCUGGGUCACCUUCUACUACUUUCCCAGGCUCAUUGGCAGGGAGCUGGAUCUGAAGCAGAGCUGCUGGGACAUGAACUGGUACUCAUGUGGGAUGCUGGUGUUGCAGGCAGUGGCUUAACCUGCUGUGCCACAGGCUAGCCCGUUACUCCAUUCUUAAUAGAGGGCAUACACCCACCUCUCCAGGUAUUUUCUUUUUUCACUGCUUUAUAUCUACACAUACAUAUUUGAAAAUUCCUGACAUCCAAAAUACAUUCUUAUUUGGAUGAUCACUGCUAUUUUGGGAAAAAGCAAAGCAAGGAGCGCAUGUAAAUAGUGAUGCUUUUUUCUCCUUUGGCCACAGGUUUGCUUUAACAAAGGAACGGUACUCCCUUCAGAGUGGAAGGAUUUCCCUGCCUUCUAUCUGAUGGGGUUCAGAGCUAAGAUGGCGGCUGAAUAAACAUGGGGGCCUGGAGUCUCCUGGGACGUAUUCUAGAGGAAGUUCACAUCCACUCCACCAUGGUCAGCAAGCUCUGGCUCACCAUCCUGUUCAUAUUCCGAAUGCUUGUUCUGGGCAUAGCAGCUGGAGAAAUCUGGGAGGACGAGCAGUCUGGCUUCAUCUGCAAUACGGAACAACCUGGCUGCAGAAACGCAUGCUACGACCAGGCCUUUCCCAUCUCCCUCAUUAGGUACUGGGCUUUGCAGAUGGUCUUUGUGUCAUCGCCAUCUCUGUGCUACAUGGGCCAUGCUUUGUACCGGCUGAGGGUUCUGGGGAAAGAGCGGCGGAGGAUGAAAGCCCACUUAGAACCGGAAAGGGUAGGAUUCGAGACGUCUGGGGAUCAGAGGAACCUGGAGCCAGAGCUUUGGCAGCUGGGACAGAGGAAACGGAGUAAAGCUCCACUCCCAGAAGCCCUACUGUGCACCUACGUGAUACACGUUCUCACUCGCUCUGUGCUUGAAGUCAGCUUCAUGAUUGGACAAUACCUUUUAUAUGGAUUCCACCUGCAGCCUCUAUUUAAAUGCCACAGGCAGCCCUGUCCAAACAUAAUUGACUGUUUUGUCUCACGACCAACAGAAAAGACAAUAUUCCUAUUAUUUAUGCAAUCCAUAGCCACGGUUUCACUUUUCUUGAGCAUUCUAGAAAUCUUCUACCUAGGGUUUAAAAAGAUUAAAAGAGGGCUUUGGGGCCAAUCUAAAUGGAAGGGUGAACAUAAGGAAUUCCAUGCAAACCAGUCCAAACAAAAUCAGAGGGCACCUGCCAAGUCGCCAAAGCGACUCCCUCCUGCGCCUGGUCAUCUCUCAGCGGAAAAGCAAACACACAGGGCAGUGCACCCUAGUUUAAAUCCAUCUCCCCCAUUCCAGGCAGAUCCUGGCAGUCACAGUGUAAAUGACCAGCAAUGUGCUCUGGAUGAACCAGGAGCUGUAUUUUCUGAUAAGAUGCGUUCACUUCAUACUGCUUACAGUCAUCUUCAACACAUCCGCUCCAAUCAUAGCAAAGAUCCUCAUAAAACAUUUGGAAAAGCAGCUAAUGGGAACCAGUUAAGGGAAAAAAGAGCAACUGACGGCCAAGACAGCCAAAGGAACCACUGCAGCAGAGGUCACUGUUCUGUGUCAAGUGUUGCUGGAGACCUGGACAACUACACCGAGAGGUUGCCCCAAGCAGGUGUCUCUCUGCCAGCUAACCACACCUGGAAACCGAGGUGGCUCAGUGCCACGCGGGGGCCCUCCACAGAAGGUGGAAACUGGAGGUCACCUCCAAAUGGUCACCUCAUUCCAAACGGCAACCUCGAGGGCCAGUUCCUGGAGGGCACAACCAGCACCUUCCCACCCUCACAAGGGAACUCCCAGCUGCUUCCUGUUCCACAGGGACCCUGCUCUUUGAGAGAGCCGUCCUGUGAGCCUGGGUUGGUCAGACCCUGCAACAAUCCUGUUUGUCCUCCAAAUCCUGCAGUGUCCUUGACCAACAGCCUCGCGGGGAGGCGGCUUCCCACCGACCUCCAGAUCUGAACAGCUCUGGCUUCUGGACCCGGUGCGCCCUACGUUAUCAGCGAAGUAGCCUCGCCCAGGCGGAGCACGGACAAAACGGCCAGGGGCAGCUGUUAGGGCUGUGGCAACUGCGACUCAUCUGUGCAGGGACACUUCUGAAUUCAAAGACCAAGGGUUGCCAGGUCAGGAUUUUUCUUAUCUUCAUUUUCUAUAGCUCUCUUUAGAAUGUGUGAAAUCCACUAGGUGAAAACCACACGUUCAGCAUCGCGGCUACGUGGUUUGGAGCCAGGUUUCCUACUUGGGAGGGGCCCAUGGCUUUGGGAAAUUGCUCUUGAUCCCCAUAGCGCCUUCUUUUAGCCCCUUUAUCCUCUAUCUUUGGACAACGGUGUGUGUGUGUGUGGGGGGGGUGAUUUUGUAUUUUGUGUAUCCUGGGACUCCAUAGCGUAGUUUCUUUGUGGACUGCAACCUCAGGUGUACGAAGUGUAACCACAAUAAAAUACUACACACAUCUGUGGCUGUCUCCCACCGGCCUCCCGCAUCGUCACCGGUCACCCAACCUCGCCACUUCACCGGCAGCUCGCACA